AUGGUGAGAAGAUGCACUGUGUCGUUCAAGCCGUUCAGGGUCUUCGUGGUGGGCGUCGGCUUCUUCAGCCUGUGUUUCCUGAUGACGUCCCUCGGCGGCCAGUUCUCGGCCAAGCGUCUCGCCGACUCGCCCUUCACCAUGCGCACAGAAGUGAUGGGUGUGGUGGAAUCUCGUGGCGUGCUGCGGAAGAUCAGCGACAUGCUGGAGGUGAUCAUGAAGCGCAUGGACAGCCUCUCCCGAUUGGACAACAGCAGCGACGCGCGACGCCUGGAGGAGCUCAGCUCAGCCAUCAACAGGAUCCAGCCAGCAGGCCUGGUGGAGCGGAUUCAGGCCAUCGCCCAGAACGUUUCCAACAUGGCCGUACGAGUGGAGCAGAUUCUGCAGAACAGCAUGGCAGCCGGCAGAGGUUCAGAUGGUUCAACGGGUCAGUGUGAAGUUCCUCGAGACCCUCGCUACCCAGAUUGCCCCAGCAAAGUUGAAUGGAUGCGAUCGAGGUGGACGUCGGACCCCUGCUAUGCCUUCUACGGGGUGGAUGGCUCCGACUGCUCCUUCCUGGUCUACCUGAGUGAGGUGGAGUGGUUCUGCCCCCCGCUGGCCUGGAGGAACCACACCACCCCGCCCACACAGAAGAAGAACUCCUCCAGAAGACAGGCGGCGUUCCGUACAGACCUAGUGUCCCUGCUGGAGCAGGUGGGCACGGGGAAGGAGUCUCUGAGCUUCAUGAAGAGGAGGAUACGCAGACUGGCAGCCCAGUGGGCCACCGCCGCCCAACGCCUCGACGCCAAGCUCGACCACCGCUGGAGGGAACAGAAGAAGAUCCUGGUGCAUGUGGGCUUCCUGACGGAGGAGUCGGGGGACGUGUUUAGCCCCAAGGUGCUGAAGGGGGGCCCCCUGGGGGAGAUGGUGCAGUGGGCCGACAUCCUGACCGCCCUCUACGUCCUCGGACACAACCUCAAGAUCUCCGUCUCCGUCAAGGAGCUCCAGGGGUUCCUUGGCGUUCCCCCCGGCAGAGGAAGCUGCCCCUUGACAGGACCGCUGACCUUUGACCUCAUCUACACGGACUACCACGGCCUGCAGCAGAUGAAGCAGCACAUGGGGCUCUCACUCAAGAAAUACAAGUGCCACAUCCGAGUGAUCGACACGUUUGGCACAGAGCCGGCCUACAACCACGAAGAGUACGCCACGCUCCACGGAUACCGGACCAACUGGGGCUACUGGAACCUCAACUCCCGCCAGUACAUGACCAUGUUCCCUCACACCCCGGAUAACUCCUUCAUGGGCUUCGUGUCGGAAGAGCUGAACAGCACGGAGAAGCACAACAUAAAGGUGAACAAGGUCCGCAACAUGGCCGUCGUCUAUGGGAAGGAAGUCAGCAUGUGGAAGGUGAGAGGGAAGGAGCACUUCCUUCAGAUCCUGCAUCGCUACAUGGAGGUGCACGGCACCGUCUACUACGAGACGCAGCGUCCGCCUGAGGUGCCCGCCUUCGUCAAGAACCACGGCCUGCUGCCCCAGCACGAGCUGCAGACCCUGCUGCGCAAAGCCAAGCUCUUCAUUGGGUUUGGGUUCCCCUAUGAGGGCCCGGCUCCCCUGGAGGCCAUCGCCAACGGCUGCGUCUUCCUCCAGCCGCGCUUCAAACCGCCCCACAGCUCCCUCAACCACGAGUUCUUCAGGGGGAAGCCCACCUCCAGAGAGGUGUCGUCUCAGCACCCGUACGCAGAGCAGUAUAUCGGGCCACCGCACGUCAUAACGGUGGAUUUCAACAACUCGGAGGAGUUUGAGACUGCGGUCAAGGAGAUCAUGAGGAAUCAGGUGGAUCCCUAUUUGCCGUAUGAGUACACAUGUGAGGGGAUGCUGGAGAGGGUCCAUGCUUACAUUCAGCACCAGGAGUUCUGCGGUCCUCCGGCUCCCUUCCCUCCUCAGGCCAAUGGCUCCCAACAGGCUCCAUGGCAGCAGGGGGGGGGGAGCCCCUUCGUAACGCUGCCCAACACCACGCUCCUCGGCUGGGCAGCCAACGCCAGCGCUGCCCCCUGCUGGCCCCCGCUGAGCGCGCUCCGGCUGCUGGUGUCGGAGGAGGGCCAGUCCUGUGUGGAGGCGUGUCGAGUGGCCGACCUGGUGUGUGAGGCGGCCUUCUUCCGCUUCGUCAAUAACAAGGAGGCGCUCGUCAGGCUGGAGGUGCAGUGCGAGGCGGUGGAGUCGGAGGUGAACCACGUCUUCCCGGCGUUCUCGGUGCCGCGGCGCGAGUGCGGACUCCAGAAGGAUCCACUUCUCUUUAGCUGCGCGGGUCGCAGCCCCAAGUACCGACGAGUCUGCCCCUGCAGAGACUACCGCCGGGGACAGGUGGCGCUGUGCAGAGACUGCUUAUGACCUCCCUACAGCCAGGGGGCGCUGUGGAGAGACUGCUUGUGAUGAAGAGAGAGGAGAGGAGAGUGGAAACCUCCCUACAGCUAGGUGGCGCUGUGCAGAGACUGCUUAUGAUGAAGAGAGAGGAGAGGAGAGUGGAAACCUCCCUACAGCCAGGGGGCGCUGUACAGAGUGGAAACCUCCCUACAUCCAGGGGGCACUGUGUUGAGACUGCUUAUGAUGCGGCCAAUCACCUCUCUGGAACCCUCAGCAGCCUCCUCCUUCCCACCAAUCACAGCCGGCAGCAAGAGGUCACGACGAGAGAUGUUUGGGGUGAAAGAGGUCACGACGAGAGAUGACGAGAGUUGUUUGAGGUGACAGCAGUCGGCAAGAGAUCACGACGAGAGUUGUUUGGGGUGAAAGAGGUCACGACGAGAGUUGUUUGGGGUGAAAGCCGCUCAAUGCUGACGCGCUGAUUGGACGUUCUACUGGAGUUAGUGAACAACUAUGCCUUGUGAUUAUUGGUUGGCUAGUUGGCUUCAGCCCCGUAAAUAGUGCGUUGCUAAGUGAUAAUAGCAAUGUGCUGACCAACUGCAAGGAUGUUUCCCUUUUUGGCGUUUUGGCGUUGCAUUGAUCAUCCCGAAGCGAAGGAGCCUGUAGUCAGCCAGUCUUGGCCGCCCCUCACGGAGAAAAACGGACAGGGGAACGCAGCAAGAUGGAUAUCUAUUUCUCUCCCAUUCUCCUGUGGCUUCUCUCUGUAGUGCCAAAGGUCCGGUAUGAGUUAGCAAGCUAGCUGUGUAGCCCUAUGUGGCACUAUGAGAUUUGGUACGAGUUAGCGAGCUAGCGGUGUAGCCCUAUGUGGCACUAUGAGAUUUGGUAUGAGUUAGCGAGCUAGCUGAGUAACCGUAUGUGGCACUAUGAGAUUUGGUACGAGUUAGCGAGCUAGCUGAGUACCCGUAUGUGGCACUAUGAGAUUUGGUACGAGUUAGCGAGCUAGAUGUUCAAGCACUCCAUGAAGUUGCAGCACUGCUUUAAGGCCUGACUUUGGUUCUUGAUCUCUCCCCCCACCCCCAAUACUCACACAGACACAUAGGGCUCGUUCGUGAUAAGGCAGUGCUGUGCUAACCGAGCAGAACGCACAAUGCAACAUUAUGAUGCAUUCUGGUUAGAAAAUUCUAACCAGAAUGCAUUGAAAUGGCAAAGUUUGCAUGUGCGCUGCUCAGUAAAAGCAGCACUGUGCCAUCACGAGCGAGCUUAUAAGUGCAAAAGCAGACAGGCCACUCACUUACCUAGAAAGAAAAUAAUGGCAAUAAACGGAUGCCAUCAACCUGAACAUGAAAUAUCUCAUUACAAACAGCACAGAUUACAUUUUUUUUUUAAUUAUUAUUGUAAAUCCA